AUGCCACCGCGGCAGAAGGAGGAGUGGAAGCCCAGCGACGACCUUCUCGAUGUGUGGUACAAGAACUGGAUGCCAGAGCCCAUUGUGUGCUGGAGCUGUGGGCACUUCCUUGGGGAGAAGUGCCACUACAAGGGCGGGAGGAACGUUCCCUGCCGCCACGGAGGGGAGAGCGGGACGAGCCGAAGGAACCCGUUCCAGUGCAACGGUUUCGCCUCCCAGGAAGAGCCGGCUCCUGUCCGGCGGAACCAUACCCCCCUCCCGAACUACUUCGCCCUCGUGGAUGGGCACGUGAUGUACGUAGAGGUCAAUGGGGAGGAGAAAGUAUUCGUGCCGCUGAAUGAGACACACGUGGCAUAG